CUGAUUAGCAGGACGUUGCUAUACACUAAUUGAAUGUGCACAGACCAUCAGUUGACUCACAUAGUGGUGGAGGAUCACUUAUUUUUGAACUAUUUUGUUUGUCACAGUCGUCACUGCACACGGUAAUAUGAUUUUGUUUGAUGGCAAAAGAUGCUACUCAGGUAGUGAGGCUGACUUUAGCUCCUCCAGCAGCACAGGCAGCCUGAAGACCAGGGAGCGCCUCGCCUCCCUUUCAGCUGGAAAGAGAGCAGCUUCACGCAGUCGCAGCACCCACAUCAGACCGCUCCCAGUGUUCAAACCAGCUGGGAGCCCUACAGCCAACCGCGAUGCAGAGCUCUACGCUCCCUACAGGACUCCGCCCACAGCUGCCUCCUCAACCAACAGCAGCAGCUGCAACUCCAGCCCAACCUUCAGAAGAGCAAGCCUGGGGCGCUACCACUCCUGUGGAGACAACCAUGGCAUCAGAGCCCCGAACCCAGAGCAGUAUCUCACCCCUCUCCAGCAGAAGGAAGUGACCAUCAGACACCUGAAGAGCAAACUGAUGGAGGCAGAGAACACGGUUCAUGACAGAGAGACCGAGGUGGAGGAGCUUAAGACCCAGCUUGGCAGGAUGAGGGAAGACUGGAUUGAAGAAGAGUGUCACCGGGUGGAGGCUCAGCUGUCCCUCAAAGAGGCUCGCAAAGAGAUCAAGCAGCUGCGUCAAGUGGUGGAAACGAUGAAGAGCAGCCUGAUGGAGAAGGAUAAGGGAAUACAGAAGUAUUUCAUUGACAUCAACAUUCAAAACAGGAAGUUGGAGUCCCUGCUGCAAAGCAUGGAGCUGGCCCAGAGUGGCUCCAACCUCCCAGACGAAAACACCUUGGACUUCAUCUGUGACAGCCCCGGUAACGGUGGGAAGAAGAUGGUGCUUGGGGAGGAGGAGGGCGUGAUGGAGCUGGGAACCCAAGGGGCGGAGGCAAUGGCAGACAGUGGGCUGCUGGUCAAUGAUGAGAUGGCCAACAGAGCGGACAUUUUGGAGCAGGUCUUCAUGUCCACUGCGGUGGAUUAUAGUCAGGACUCUAGUGGCAAACUGGGUUCAGGGACAGAGUCUGGGCCUGAGGUGUCCACGCUGUCAGAGGGACAGUUGAUUGACGAAUCCACUGCACCUCUACCAAACAACGUUUACGCCACCAUGGCCCUCUCCUCGAGCACACAUUCCCAGCAGAACGCAGAAGAUAAAGGAAUCCAGACCGAGAUAAUGCCCCUGUCCCCAGACUUGCAGGCUCUGCUCCUCCAGCUGCUCAAGUUCCAAGAGGCAACCGCGGGGGACACGGCGCUGUCAGCCUGCAGCAGUCUUCUGGGUCUCCCGAACUUGCCCAACUUCGCUUCCAACCCCCCUGACCCAACACCCCCCCCACCCAGCAUGCCCAGUCCUGCUCCUCCAGAGAGCCCCGACACCUCCACCGAUUCUGGCAUGUGCUGUUCGGAACCUGCAGAGAGCCGGCGGUUCAUGGAGGAGCUGGAUUUUAGUGUCGGUGAGGAGGAACCUUGUCUGUCGCCGGGACUGGAUGUGGCCGGCAAGCGGUACUGGAGCAACAGCUUCCUGGUGGAUCUCGUCGCAGUGGCAGCGCCUGUCCUACCCACGGUGGCCUGGCUGUACUCGCGGCACGGUGUGGACGGAAGCGCUCCAGUGUACAACAUUGCUGCUCUUAUCAGGGGCUGUUGCAUCAUGGGAUUGCACUCUCUUCGUCACGUCGCUCACAUGCCGAAUGCGUAAAAGCUUCCACCCCGCAUGCACACGCCUAACCUUGAACUAAAAGCACUUAAGCAUUUGUACUUGUGAGAUUGUUUCUUUUUCUUAACACUUGAUAUCAAUGCAGUUAUUUAGGAUCCAACACUUACUUUUGCACUGUACAGUUACCCUGAGUUGAAGCAAAAUGGUGACAUGAAUGGGAUUAUUUAUGAAGGGAGUUAUUUAUGUAUUUAUCAUUUACAUGUAUAAACUGAUCAUCUGGUUAGAUGGUUGUGUUAUCAUUGUCCUGUGGUGUCCGUAGGUGGUGGUGUUUAUAAAAAAAAAAAAAAAAGUUCUUUACGUUAUGAAAUUUUUAGGUCAAAGAUUGAUUUGUUAGUUUCUGUUUUGAUGGGUUUGGAAAUUCAACAGUUUGACUUAUUGUUCAAAAAGAUCUUCAGCCAAAGUUAAUGUGAGUUCACUGUUAAUUUUGUGAAGAAGUGUAUCUAUUUUAUUUAUUUUUUUCUUUCCUGGGAAUAGAGCUUUAUUUAGCCUGUGCAUUGUUCAUAGAAAUAAGCUAAUGCUUUAAAGCAAUUGACACUUGUUAUGUGCCUGAGCUAUGUGCAAUACUGGUUUGUUUACAUCAAAUGUCCUUGUAUCUUUAUUAUUAAAGCAUGAUAAAUUCUG